GUGGAGGAAGGGGAAGUUAACGAAGACGUUUUUCUGUUUGUGGGAUACCAAAAUGAGAUUUUUAGCAGUUUUUGUGUUUAUUUUGGGUGUUUGUUCGUAUGAAGCAAAAGCGGAGGAUCAGCCCAUUCAAACUUUCGUAAUUCCCCACAGUCAUAUGGAUGUGGGCUGGGUCUAUACUAUACAGGAGAGCAUGCACGCCUACGCAGCCAACGUGUACAGCAGCGUGACCGAGGAGUUGUCAAAGGUCAAAGAGCGCCGGUUCAUCGCUGUGGAGCAGGAGUUCUUUCGACUGUGGUGGGACACCGUAGCUUCAGAGUCCCAAAAGAAACAAGUGCGACAGCUUGUGCAAGAAGGUCGUGUCGAGUUUAUCAUCGGGGGCCAGGUGAUGCAUGACGAGGCCGUAACGGACCUGGACGAUCAGAUCUUGCAGUUGACGGAGGGCCACGGGUUUCUGUACGAGACGUUCGGGGCGCGCCCUCAGUUCUCCUGGCACGUGGAUCCGUUUGGAGCGUCUUCCACCACACCAGUCCUGUUCGCCAUGGCGGGGUUCAACGCACACCUCAUCUCGCGCAUCGACUACGACCUCAAAGACAGCAUGCAGAAAAACAAGAAACUGCAGUUUGUGUGGCGAGGCUCUCCCUCUUUGAGGGCCCAGCAAGAGAUCUUCACUCACACCAUGGACCAGUUCAGCUACUGUGCUCCGUCACACUUGCCGUUCUCCAACAGUUCUGGUUUCUAUUGGAACGGAAUUGCUUUGUUCCCCGAUCCUCCUAAAGAUGGGGUCUACCCUAACAUGAGCCUCCCCGUCACCAAGGAGACCAUACAGCCCUACGCCAAGACCAUGGUGGAGAACAUCAAGCAGAGGGCUGCAUGGUUCAGGACGAGCCACGUUCUCUGGCCUUGGGGUUGUGACAAACAGUUCUACAACUCAUCGGUGCAAUUCGGCAACAUGGAUCCUCUGAUGAAGUACAUCAACCAGAACAGCAAAGAGUUUGGAGUUACCAUCCAGUACGCCACUCUGAGUGAAUACUUCAAAUCUGUUCACCAAACCAAUCUUACCUGGGACGUCCGUGGGAGUGAAGACUUUCUACCGUAUUCCACGGAACCAUACCAAGCCUGGACUGGGUUUUACGCCUCCAGAAAUGUUCUGAAAGGAGUGGCGAGGCGAGCCAGUUCCCUGCUGCACGCAGCAGAGGCUCUUUUCACUCGAUACCGAAUCAGUUUCCCAGAUGGACCUGUGGCUAAAGACUGGGCCCUGGACAAACUUCGAGCUCUACGCUGGGCCGUCUCUGAGGUUCAGCACCACGAUGGCAUCACGGGUACUGAGUCUCCCAAAGUGGCAGAAAUGUACAUGCAGCAUCUCAUGGAGGCCAUGAUGGGAGUGGAUGAGCUCCUCGCUGCGCUCUUUCUGUUGCCGCAUAACCUCGCCUCCUCAAACGUCCACGACAGCAGCGUUCAUAAAAAAGGUGUCGAUCAGGGUCUGGAGCAACAUGUCAUAAUUUUCAACCCUUUAGCCUGGAACAUCACCACCAUCGUUAAUGUGACCGUAACGUUCCCGAGCGCAGCUGUCUUCGAUGACGACGGACAGCCUGUACCUGCACAGAUCCAGAGGUCCGCACAGUCCAACGCAACCUUCGAUCUUUUUGUCGUCGUGAAACUGGGCGGCCUUCAGCACAGAAAGUACUUGAUUAAGCUCUCGGAGGCACCGUGUUCCAAGGAGUCCGAGUGUGCACAGACUUACGAAGCUGCAGGAGUUGCGUUUGAGAGACGCAGUGUAAGGAACGGGGUGAAAACAGAAAGGAAACUUCUGCCUGUUCUGAGCGAAUGCUACAAACUGAUGUUUGACCAGGACACCAACCUCCUGCACAGCAUCACUUACCUUCAGGAGAAAAGGCGAGUAAGGAUGACACAGGACUUCUGGGAAUACGAUGCAAACGGAGACGUAAAAGCAGGUCCCAUCUCUGACAACUACAUCUUCAGCACCAAUGGCUCAGCUGUUAGGGCCUAUAAGGCUGUCGAAAUGGAGAUUAUUCCAGGGAAGAUCGUUACCGAGGUCCGACAGUACUUCUACAGAGAAGACAGUGAUAAAGACUAUGCUUACUCAAUCACCACCCGUGUCCCUGAAUACUUUGGGACGGGACCGCAGUGCCACAGACUGGAGCAGACCUACUCGUUGGGUCCUCUUCUUCUCAACACCGAGGUCAUCCUCAGGACCAGCUCCUCCCUCAAGAACAACAAGACUCUGUACUCUGAUGACAAUGGCUACCAAAUGAUGAAGAGGACAUACAGGAAAUUCUCUAAAAACACUUUAGCAAGGAAUUACUUCCCGAUGGUUCGGGCAGCCUACAUCGAGGAUGACCUCAGCCGGCUAGUGCUCCUCAGCGACAGAGCUCAUGGUGUGUCCAGUCAAGCCAACGGACAGCUAGAGGUUAUGCUCCAUCGACGGCUUUGGAACAACUUGGCAUGGAACCUCGGCUACAACUUGACGCUAAACGACAGCUCUGUUGUUAGACCCACCCUUUGGAUGGUGCUGGGCUCUGCAAGUGAGACCUCGCUGCACCAGAGGGGGGCUAUAGAGCUGCAACACAGACCUGUUGUUGUACCCAUAGACCAGCCUCGGAAGCCCUGCCUGGAGAAGGAGGCCAGACGUAAUUCACCGGUGUCUCCGGUAGUUCUCCCUCCCAACCUCCACCUGCUCAGCCUCAGCAUCCCCGGGUGGAACUACAACUCUGAUCACGACAGUCACCUCAGCCACUUCCACUCCGGUGAAAACCUGCAUUCUGAGCCCGAUUUUGACCGGGUUCUGUUAAGAAUCAUGCAUCUGUUUGAAGAGGGGGAGCACCCUGAGUUUUCCAAGCCCGUCACGAUAAACCUGAAGGAUGUUUUGCGAGGCGUAGGCGAGGUGAAGGUGCUGGAGGAGCGAUCGCUCACAGGAACCUGGGAUAUCACCAGUUUGCAGAGGUGGACGUGGAAAACUGCAGAUACCUUGGAACAAAAGAGUGAACCAUAUCGGAGCAACCGCAAUAAAGAUUUCACCAUAACCAUCUCACCCAAGGAGAUCAGAACCUUCUUCGUCCACUUCAGCUCCAGGAACCUUUAAGCUGGAUCGUGUCUCGACUUCUGUGAAGAUCGCUGCUGUUUUCUGAUCAGUCACGAUUGCUCUGAAAGAUUUAACCCACUGCCACUUUAAAAACGAUUGCAGCUUUUUGCACAUUAUGUUGAUUUUCGUAAAGAGCCAAUAAUGCGUUGAUGAAGCAUGAACUUGUCACACAGAGUAAAGUUAUUUC